UAUGGCACCUCCGCUUCCGGAUUUCGGACUAUGGCGACCCAGGAAGCUGCUCCAGACGGCCAGUCAGAGGAGAGCAGUGCUUUGGACUUGCCACCAGUUGAUGACAUAAGAGAUUAUGUGCUGCAGAGACCCCACCAGGAGGCCGACAGCGAGGUGUUUAGUUCUGUGGAAACCCUUUCUCUUCCUUCCUCUUCUGAUGUGGAUUCAGACACCAGUCACCUAAAUACUGAACAAAAUGAUUCCUGGACCUCUGAGAACUUCUGGCUUGACCCUGGUGUGAAGGGCCAGACGGAGACCAAGGCAGAGGAUGAUGGGCUUCGGAAAUCCCUGGAUAGAUUCUAUGAAAUGUUUGGCCAUCCCCAGCCAGCCGCUAGAAAUCCACUCUCCGCAUCGGUCUGCCAGUGCCUGUCUCAGAAAAUCAACGAGCUGAAGGGCCAGGAGAACCAAAAGUACACCCUUCGCAGUUUUCAGAUGGCCCAGGUCAUCUUCAACCGGGACGGCUGCUCCGUCUUACGGAGGCAUUCCAAGGACACCCACUUCUACCCAUGGGGAGAAGGAGGUGUGUCUCUGGAUGAUGAAAAGCCCACCCCGGGACUUUCAAAAGACAUCAUUCGUUUCCUUUUGCAGCAGAAUGUGAUGAAAGACCUCUAAGUAGCCCCCGGUGGUAAGAACAGGCAGUGUGGAGGAUGGCCCUGUGGCUCACACUGUCAGGGCCCCACCCACAUCCCUUCGGGCCUCUCUGGCCAGCCCUGUGGGUCCAGCCCCCUGUGAGCUGAUACCCGAGCCAGGUCAGCCCACAUGGGGAGCUAGCAGUGUCUGUGGGCCUGAUAGUCCCUGUGUCCACACUACCUCCCACCCCACCCCACCCUACCACUCCCUUUGACUUAAGGCCAGCAACUGACUGGUUGGGAAAUCCAAAAGCACAGCUUCCUUGUCCCAAGGAAGGAAAGACAUGUUCUGAGGCAUAAUUUACUCUCCAGAACUCCCCUCUGGUUCAGGCCAAGACUGAGCCUUCCCACGAAAUCACACCUUGCUCAGCUUCUUCUGUCUCCCUCUCCUCCUUCUCCCCGUUCACCUACUGGUGUCUCCUGGGAGCCUUUCCUUAAUAAAGCUCUUGUACCUGAAUCCUUGACUCAAAGUCUGCUUCUGGGAGAACCCAAC